ACCCCCAACAACAAAACCCCCAACAACAGAAACAACAACACAAACCCCAACAACAGAAACGACAACAACAAAAACUGCUUCAGAUAUGUCCUUACCUAAAGCAUACAAGAUCAUCCCCCAUGUAGGAGUAGGAGCUCUGAUGGGGGGAUACCGUGGCUCCAGGCAGCUCCUACGUGUCUACAUGUUUGCACAAAGACCUCGGAAGGGAAGAUUGGCCAACAUGCCGCCGCUGCUCUUAUCAAAAUUAAAACAAGUUGCAGAGCUGAGGCAAGAGACGAGACUAUCAGACAGGAAGGAAGAAAGAGGGGUAGACAAUAGUGAUAAUGAGGGAGAUUUGAGAAAUAAAACAACUACAGACGACGUAACAAGCAGUACCAACCAUGUAAUGAGCAGUACCAACCAUGUAACGAGCAGUACCAACCGUGUGACGAGCAGUACCAACCGUGUAACGAGCAGUACCAACCGUGUAACGAGCAGUACCAACCAUGUAACGAGCAGUACCAACCAUGUAACGAGCAGUACCAACCUGCCCACAAUCUCCCCUGAAACAUGGUGGACACUGGUAAACGAUAACUUAGAGAAAAUAGCUCAGCUGACGAAGGAUAUCUCCAGUGGAAUAAUGGAUCACAGCCACGCCCUCGAGGUGAACCGGAGGGCUGAUGACCUUGAUACCCUGGUGGAGGAAGGACAAAAUAACCCCACGCUGGCACAGGACAUCCCAGACGAAGAACUUGGCCUGGUUGGGUCUGUGUUCAGUAGUCUGACCAAUGCCACAAAAUAUGUUGAUGACGAGAUACAGAAAGAGGAGGCAGACCAGACAGAGAUGAUCGCCACCAUCGUGUGUAUGUCAGUACUCUUCUCGGUGGUGUUAGUGAUGCUCAUCGUGUCUCUGCUGAAGCCAAGCUCUGCUAAGUGUGGCUGUCCCAAAACAAGCCCGAACACUAAAGGUGAGGGUCAGAAUCAGUCAGUCGCCGAGGAGUCCACCUUCCCUGACUCCGCCUUCGUCCAACACAGCCACAUAUACUACGACCCCUACAGAAGCCAUACUACAGCUGUCUAGAACCAUUACCAUGGCUGCCUAGUACCACAACAGCGGUCUGGUACCACCACAACUGUCUAGAACCACCAUGGGUGUCUAGUAGCACCACAGGUGCCUACCACCUAACCUACCCAUACCAAACAACAUAUACCUGCACCAUCUGUACUAUAUAUACCAUCUGCAGUACACAAGCCUAGUACCACUCACAGCCAUCAUGAUCUACUGUAACGACGGUUCACUCUCUACAUUUUUGUUUAUAAAUAAAUAUUCUGCAGUUU